GUUUGGUUGGAGUUUCCCAAGAAGGCGCAAAAUAAAAGAACAUCAAUUCGCAUACAUAUGCAUACAUAUGCAUACAUAUGCAUACAUAUGUAUACAUGCCAAAGUAGAUACAUAGGCAUAUACUUCCCUCCGGCGCGCCGCCUGAUUUUGCCUACUUCCUUUGCCCGCACGCACGCCUUUUCGAAGGAUGAUUCAGUUCGUGUUGCUCAUCAGUCGGCAGGGAAAAACGAGACUAGCGAAAUGGUACAUCCCAUUGUCGCAAAAGGAGAAGGCGAAAAUAAUUCGGGAAACUUCCCAGAUUACGCUGAACAGGACGCCCAAACUUUGCAACUUUGUCGAGUGGCGGGAGUACAAACUCGUGUUUAAAAGGUACGCCAGCCUCUUCUUCAUCGCCUGCAUCGACAAAGGAGACAACGAACUAAUUACGCUGGAAAUAAUCCACCACUACGUAGAAAUUCUCGACAAGUACUUUGGCAAUGUGUGUGAGUUGGACUUAAUAUUUAAUUUUCACAAGGCGUACUACCUGUUGGAUGAAAUAUUAGUGACGGGGGAACUGCAAGAGAGCAGCAAGAAGAAUAUCCUUCGAGUGGUCUCUGCACAGGACUCCCUAAUGGAGGACACCAAGACUAGCAAGAAGUUGGGCUCACUCAUUUGA